CUUCCCUUAGUUAAUGGACAACGUGUUUGAGUGUUUAUCCUUCAAAGAAGCGGUGUUCUUUUGUGGUGCAUAAUUGGAAGCAAAUAAGAAAUGUCACAAGUACUCAGCGGGAAGGCAGUUUCUGCUGAUAUCCGUGAAAAGUUAAAGAAUGAAGUGGAAAUCAUGCAACAGAAAUAUCCUGGCUUUUUACCUGGUUUAGCAGUUGUACAGGUUGGUGGAAGAGAAGAUUCUAAUGUUUAUAUUAACAUGAAGAUGAAAGCAGCUUGUGAAGUUGGAGUUAAUGCCAGCCAUAUUAAUUUACCUAGAUCAUCAACACAAGAUGAGGUAGUGGAGACAGUAGAGAGGUUAAAUUCUGAUCCUACUGUACAUGGUAUUAUUGUUCAGUUGCCAAUGGAUUCAGAAAAUCUAAUUGAUGCUCAUCUAGUGACGAAUACUAUUCUGCCUUCUAAAGAUGUCGAUGGUCUACAUCAAGAUAAUGCUGGUAAAUUAUCAAGAGGUGAUUUAGAUAGUUGUGUAGUGCCUUGUACACCAAGAGGAUGUUUAGAGCUUAUACACAGAACAGGAAUUGAAGUAAAAGGAAAGAGAGCUGUAGUAAUUGGUAGAAGUAAAAUUGUUGGUGCACCAAUGUCUGAUUUAUUAACAUGGAACCAUGCUACUGUAACAGUAUGUCAUUCUAGAACAGCAGAUAUUAAGGAAGAGGUACAGAAAGCUGAGAUAUUGGUAGUAGCAAUAGGUAGACCACAGUUUGUUAAAGCAGAUUGGAUAAAAGAUGGUGCUGUUGUUAUAGAUUGUGGUAUUAAUUCUAUACCAGAUGCUUCAAAGAAAUCGGGAAAGAGAUUAGUUGGUGAUGUAGAUUAUGAUGGGGCGAAAGAAAAAGCUAGCUGGAUUACACCAGUACCUGGUGGUGUAGGACCAAUGACGGUAGCGAUGUUGCUUCAAAAUACUGUAGAUUCAGCAAAAAGAACAGCAGAAAUGACUGGGAAUUGUGCCAAAUGGAAUUUACAACCAUUAAAGCUUCAUCUAAAGACUCCAGUACCAAGUGAUAUAGAAAUUGCCCAAGCACAAACUCCAAAAGACAUUGACAGACUUUCAAGGGAGAUAAAUCUAUUGUCAGAUGAAGUGGAUUUGUAUGGCAAGAAAAAGGCAAAGGUGUCUCUCAAAGUAUUAGACAGACUUAAAAACCAACAGAAUGGCAAAUAUGUUGUUGUUACAGGUAUUACACCUACACCAUUAGGAGAGGGUAAAAGUACAACAACUAUUGGUUUAGUACAAGCAAUAGGAGCACAUCUCAACAAAAACUGUUUUGCAUGUGUUAGACAACCAUCACAAGGUCCAACUUUUGGCAUCAAAGGCGGUGCAGCAGGGGGAGGCUACUCUCAGGUCAUACCAAUGGAAGAGUUUAAUUUGCAUUUGACUGGUGAUAUACAUGCUAUUACUGCAGCUAAUAACUUAAUGGCAGCUGCAAUAGAAGCCAGAAUGUUCCAUGAAUCAACACAGAAUGACGAGGCCUUAUAUAAACGUCUAGUGCCAGCAAAGAAAGGAUUCUGUAAAAUACAACUUAGCCGUUUACAGAAAUUAGGAAUAACCCAAUCUAAUCCAAAAGCCUUAACAUCUGAUGAAAUAAGUGCGUUUGUAAGAUUAGACAUAGAUCCUGAUACAAUAACGUGGCAGAGAGUACUGGAUACUAAUGAUCGAUUCUUAAGAAAAAUAACAGUUGGUCAGGGACCUCAAGAAAAAGGUCAUACUCGUAAGACCCAGUUUGAUAUAACUGUAGCUAGUGAAAUUAUGGCUAUAUUAGCUUUAACUACUGGUCUUGGUGAUAUGAGAGAGAGAUUAGGUAAAAUGGUUGUAGCUAGUAGUAAGGCUGGAGUACCUAUUACAGCCGAUGAUUUGGGUAUUAGUGGUGCUUUAACAGUAUUAAUGAAAGAUGCUAUUAGACCAAAUUUAAUGCAGACAUUAGAGGGUACACCUGUAUUUGUCCAUGCUGGACCGUUUGCUAAUAUAGCACAUGGUAACUCGUCUAUAUUAGCAGAUAAAAUAGCUUUAAAAUUAGUCGGAGAAGAUGGCAUUGUGGUAACUGAGGCUGGAUUUGGUGCUGAUAUUGGUAUGGAGAAAUUUUUUAAUAUUAAAUGUCGUUAUUCUGGGUUAGUACCUAAUGCUGUAGUGUUAGUGGCCACUAUACGAGCUUUAAAGAUGCAUGGAGGAGGACCUACAGUAACAGCUGGUGUUCCAUUACCUAAAGAAUAUGUUGAAGAGAAUUUAGAAUUAGUAGAAAAAGGAUGUAGUAAUCUGAAUAAACAGAUAGAAAAUGCUAAUAAAUUUGGUGUACCAGUUGUUGUAGCUGUUAAUGGUUUUGCAUCUGAUACCAAAGGUGAAUUAGAAUUAGUCCAGAAGAUAGCUAGAGAAAAUGGAGCAUUUGAUGCUGUUAUUUGCAAUCUGUGGGCAGAAGGUGGGAAAGGUGCUAUUGACUUAGCAGCAGCUGUGGCAGCAGCCAGUCAGAAAUCAAGUGAAUUUAAAUUCCUUUAUGAUGUCACAUUACCCAUAGAGAAGAAAAUAGAAAUUAUAGCUAAAGAAAUUUAUGGUGCUGAUGGUAUAGAUCUUUCUCCGGAAGCACAGGAAGAAAUAGCUAGAUACCAAAAACAGGGUUUUAAUGACCUACCAAUAUGUAUGGCUAAAACACAUCUAUCCUUAUCACAUAAACCUGAAUUAAAGGGAGCACCUAAAGGAUUUGUUCUACCUAUCCGUGAAGUUAGAGCCAGUAUUGGUGCCGGAUUUAUUUAUCCUUUAAUUGGAACGAUGAGUACUAUGCCAGGACUUCCAACAAGACCAUGUUUCUAUGAUAUUGAUAUUGACCCUGAUACAGAAGAAAUAGUUGGAUUAUCAUAAAGCCACUAAUGCAAGCUUUUAAAUGAAAUAUAUUAUUAAAGUCAAACUAUAAAUCACCAGUGAAUGAACAUCCUAUUUUUCUGCUCCUACUAGGCCUAUGAAGAUGGGCUAUUAAUCAUACACAAUGUAAUUGUAAUCAUAUAAAUCAGUCAUGACCUGUAAUUAUCAUUUAUAAAAGAAGAAAUGCUUCUAAAAUGUUCAUUUAAAAUUUAACAAAGAGACAAAAUGGUGCCAUAUUUUUAUCUGAGCAUAGAAUAAUAGAUUUGUAAUCAUAAUAUGAAUUGUUUAAGAAAUUGUUAUGUUUUUAUGUUUAAACAAUGUUUACAUUUUAAGCUGAUUGUAGAUUAUUAGACCAUACGAAAAAAAUAUUCUGGUUCUCAGAUACUCCCUGCACUUAAAAAGAGUUGGAGGAUCUGUUUUUAAUAUAAGCCCACAUUGAAAUUUAUUAUCUGAUUGACUUUAAAUUUAUACACAAUGUCUAAGGUCAUGAGACGAAGAAGCUUAUUGAUUUUCAACAAUUUUCGAUACUCUCUGCCAGAUGUAUGGCCCUUAAUCACUUUGAAAAAUCUUGUGGAUGCUCUAGAGGCUAAAGUCAAUAUCCGAUUUAUACCCAGUGUUUAAGGUCGUGAGACGAAGAACACUAUAGAUUAUCAAUGAUUUCUGAUAAUUACUGUCAGAGUUAUGGACUUUGAUCACUUUGAAAACAGUGUCUAAGGCCAUGAGACGAAGAAUCCUAUUGAUUUGCAGUGAUUUCCCAUAAUUACUUCCAGAGUUAUGGCCAUUGAUAUUAAAUGUUUGAUAUACUAAACGUUAUAUAGGGCUCAGAUGACUUAGCUGCUGUUGGCAUAUGUUCGUUGUCUGGCAACCUAUCUUUUCAAAAAAUAAAACAAUCUCAAUUUAACCUCGUGUAAAUAUUUUCCUUGGUUACAGGAAGCUCAAAUUUGAAGUGUACGCAACCCCGAUAAAUGUUACAAUCAUGAAUGACUCUCGAUAAUCAUACAUUCCCAUAAACGACAUGAUGAGAUAGAUGUAGUGAUUUGGAAUGUAGUGUGAGAAUUCAUUUAGCCCAGUAGUCACUUGAUCAUGGCAAAAUAAAAACCUUCCUCCAGUGUCAGAUUUUUUGGAAGCAUUGUCUGAGAACCACAAUAUUUUGUUAGUAUGGCCUAUAUGGAAUCUAAUAAGACAAAAACACUUACUUAUAAUAAGUAUUAACCAAUAAAGACAAUAAUUGUGACAUUUAAGUAUUAUUUUUAAUGACAAAUUGUUAUGAAUUUAAUAAACAAAAAAUGUAUC